UUGUGACUAUCCGGUGGGUGGAAGUCUGAGCAGAAUGAAUGGUAGCAUGUUACCGAAAGUGAGAAAGAAGGCAUUGUGUGGAGUCCUAGCAGAAAGACAGUGUGACAGGGGGAGCAAGAGAAUGGAGAAGUAGUGAGAAACUCUCAUACAGAGAGAAGGGACUGGAGGUGACAGACUAAAUUCUCAAGGUUGUCAAAAAAAGACUGGGGGGGUGUAAUACUGAGGUAAAGAAAGUAUAAAGGUGAGAAAGCAACAGUGGGAUAAGAGGAUGACUGGACAAGUAUAAAGAAGGGACAAUUUAAGAGAGAAAUUUAAGAAAAAAAAUUGUGACAGUGUCUGAAUCCACCUGCAUAGAAAAUUACUGAAAUAUAGAAUCUGCAAGGAAAAAGAAGGUAAAUCCAAUGAGAAGCUGUAACCAAGUACUUUCCUAACUGAAUUGAGCUGACACACAAUGAACUGGGCAGGAUUAUAUGGCAUCCUAAGCGGCGUCAACCGCUAUUCCACUGGGAUUGGUCGCAUAUGGCUCUCUGUGGUUUUCAUCUUCCGUAUCAUGGUUCUUGUAGUGGCUGCAGAGAGCGUCUGGGGAGAUGAAAAGUCAUCAUUUACCUGCAACACACAACAGCCUGGAUGUAACAGUGUUUGCUAUGAUCACUUCUUCCCUAUCUCUCACAUCCGCCUGUGGGCCCUUCAGCUCAUUAUUGUAUCCACACCUGCUCUUCUUGUGGCCAUGCAUGUGGCUCAUCUGCAGCACCAGGAGAAAAGGAUUUUACGUAUGUCUGGUCACGAUGAUCCCAAAGAACUAGCAGAAGUAAAAAAGCACAAGAUCAGAAUCUCAGGCACUCUGUGGUGGACAUAUACACUGAGUGUGGUUUUCAGAAUUGUCUUUGAAGCAGCUUUCAUGUACAUAUUCUACCUCAUCUACCCUGGUUAUGCCAUGAUACGACUUGUCAAAUGUAGCGCAUAUCCCUGCCCUAACACAGUGGAUUGUUUUGUGUCACGUCCCACAGAGAAAACGAUCUUUACUGUCUUCAUGCUCUCCGCUUCAGGAUUCUGCAUUGUUCUAAAUGUAGCUGAAGUUUUCUUUCUCAUUGCUAAGGCCUGUAGCCGUAGAAGACAGAGGCAUGGGGAUUCAUACCGUGAUAAGGAGCACCGGCAGAAUGAGAUGAACACGCUGCUUACAGGAGAAGGUCUUAUGAAAAGAGCCCCAGCGGGCCAGGAGAAAGGAGAACAUUGUGCAACAUCCUAGAGCCAAGCCAUCACCAUUAUAACAGACUUAAGUCAGACUAGUGACAAGGCCGAAGAAAAGAUGAUCAGAUAAGGGGUCAUUUACAGGACAAUUUAUAUUUUGACUGUGACAGGCAAAGACAUGACUAUUUUAAAACUGCAAUAUUUGCACAGGAUAUAGCAAGUAUGUCCUAAUUAUUAUAGUAACGUGGGCAUGUGUACUGUAUCCUUGUCACCAAACCUGCCUAGAUAUUGUUAUGUCCAAUUUAAUGCCCAUUGAUUGUCAACAGCCGACUUUGAGCUGAUGCUUCCUGCAGUAUUUUACAAUAACAAAGGAUAGGGUGAAGGACAUUUUUUUCUACAAGGGUGUGAGUAUUAGAGUGAGCUUAAAACAUGUAUUUGUACUGUUAUAGGUUUAAGAUUUUGUUUUAAUAUUUGAAGUGAUUAUUAGAGAACCACAAAUUAAAAUCUUAAAGCCAUUCAUAUAGGUGAAGGUAAAUGAAUUGCCUUUGUUUUUCACACUUAUUACAACACUGAAGGGAUAAAAGGGGUACUCCGGUGAAAACCUUUUUUUAUUUUUUAUUUUUUUAUCAACUGGUGCCAGAAAAUUUAAAAAUUUGUAAGUAACUUCUAUUAAAAAAUCUUAAUCCUUCCAGUACUUAUUAGCUGCUGAAUACUACAGAGGAACAUCUUUUCUUUUUGGAACACAGAGCUCUUUGUUGCAUCACGAGCACAGUGCUCUCUGCUGACAUCUCUGUCCAUUUUAAGAACUGUCCAGAGUAGGAGAAAUUCCCCAUAGCAAACAUAUGCUGCUCUGUUAGUUCCUAAAAUGGACAGAGAUGUCAGCAGAUAGCACUGUGCUAGUGAUUCAGCA